AUGAAGAAGGCAGAGGAGGCGCCAGCUGCUGCUGCUGGUGAUCUUAAGCGGAAAAGGGAGGAAGAGAAGGACAGUGACGAGGAGACCGGCUUCGAGGAGAGUGGCAGUGCUGGGGAGAUCUGUCUUGCCAAAGAGAGAGGCUAUGGCAAAGGGAAGGUGGCCAGAGAUAGGGGAGACAGUGUUGUUGUUAUUGGGAGGGGCAAUGCUGCUCAUCCUGGUGUGAGUCAGCUAGUGUCUUGGGGCAAUCUCAACGAGGUACCCACCAUCUCCCCCGCUUCGCAUUCUGAGCUCUCAAAGAGAUAUGCCAGCAUCCCGUUCAUGGCAUUCCGGAACCCCGUCAUGGGCUCCAAGGACCCACUGGAGGCUCAGCUUUCCAUAGAGGAACAAUCCCUUCUACAACAGCACAGUCACCUUGGGAUGAUUCGUCAGUGUAUUGGCGAAAGCCCGGAGUACUUCCAAGGCCGCAAAUGGUGGACCAGUGAAGUGGCUUACGGCUUGCUAAAAGCUACCAAGGAGCUGGCUCCAAGGACGAUGGGCUGGAAUGCUUGA